AUGUCUGCAUCCAUUGCGAGGCAAAUUGAAGCACUCGUGGAGAAAAUCGAAGCACUCGAGCAGCAAAUGGAAGCAGUCAAGAAGCUAAUCGAAGAGGCAAAAGAUCCAGAGGAGAGGGAGGAGCUGUGGGACGAGAGGCAGCAGCUGCAGGACGAGAGGGAGCAGCUGCGGGAUAGAAAGCAGCAGCUGUGGGAUGCCUUGUUGAACCCCACCACGGCGGCGAUAACACUUCAAGCUGCGCCAGUGUCCAAGUUGCUGGAUGUAUACGGAGAACAACUGCAGCGCGCAAGGUGUUUUCACCGGAUGCCUGAGACGAGGGUGCCAACCUGCAAGUUUCCUCUUCUGGACAACGGUGGUUUAUGUACGGACUUGGGAGAUUAUUUUACUUUGGUCGGAAGGGAGGAGACGAUUCAGCAUCUGAUGGCAGCCGCUGCAAGGGUGUUUGGAACUUUCAUGAACACGACGGCCAAUGCCUCGGAUAUUGAACAAAGAGAGUUCUUGUUGAUGCUCAUCGGAUUUCCCGGCGCAGGUAAAACAACUGUCGGGACAUGCCUCUCAGCUCUUCUCAGAGAAGCGUGGGAGAGGGACACAAAAACAGGGGAUAUAGAUGGCCUUGUAGAGGAUCAGCUAGGCGACAAAGGCCUUGUGAAGCAGUUCAAAGAAAUGGUGAACAACGUGUUGGAGACCGGCAGAGAUCUUACAAUGUAUCAUGCGGUUGAAACUACGAGGGCAGGGCAUGUAACUCCCCUGGAGAACGGCCUGGCAGCAGAACAGGUUUUGGCCCUUCGGUGCUUUCAUGCAGCUCUUUGUCCAGUGAAUACUACUGGUUAUGGCGGCUUUCUCAGGCAGUUGGAUGACAAAUUUCCAGGCCUGAGGAAUGUGCUGACUUUCGGAGAUGUGAUCGACUUCAUUCGAACUGGUCUUAAGGUUCCUGCAGAUAAGCGAAUUUUCCUAUCUUGGUUUUUUGAUGACGUCAACAAGGCCCGGCCUCAGCACGGUCGCCCACCAGCAUCGUCCUGGAUUCAUGAUGCUUUCUCGGCCUACGUUCAACAUAUCAAAGAUAACCGAGGUGGCCUGACGUUUCCUAUACUUACAGCAGCAACGACCCAAUUUGCCGGGGCCACAAUGCGCUACACAUCAACGGAGAAGGCUCUAAGUUUCCUUGUCUUUUAUCUUGAUGUGAUGAGAAAAUUUCUAUGUUUGUUACAGGUGAAUCAAGAUCUCACUCAAAUCGAUCUCCGUAACACAAUAACGACCGCCUGGGGUAAUAUCAAACGUGGGUUUUAUUAUCGGUACCUUAAGGACGAGAAGUAUUUGUUGGUGUUACGAGCUUUUUAUGUUGCACUGCUGGGGACCCUGAUCAGUCGGGAAGAACUAGUCUGGCCAGGUAGCAGAUACGAAGAUAACUGGGGGUCUUUAGAGUCUUGCGGUUUAGUUGGACUCUUACGCAACGAGGAGCUAUCAUCUAACAAGAAGAUUAAAUUAUCAAGAGAUGAAGAUGCUACUUUCUCCAUCAUGUUCUCUCCACUCCUCAUUUACCAUCUCGUCGAGAACCUACAUGUGGUGGAGCUCCAGGAUUUGUGUCCAUCUAAACUAAUCUCUAAUCCCAAAAACAAGGAGGUAUCUGAUCUGAUGUCCAUUGUGUUGAUGAUCUAUAUGUUGCGGCUUUUUCAUGAUCGUGAGGGGAAGGGAACAGUAUUCAAGUUUAGACUCGAAGAAAUUCUUCCCUCCAAUUUCUGCAUUCCUGCAAGUAUGCAAGCUUUGAAGUUCCGGGUGCCAGCUGGUGCAAAGUUUGGACGUCCGACACAUCAGCCUCAUCAGAUACAUACAGCAGAUGUAUUUCAGGCCUUCCUAAGAGACAACAGUCAGCAGUUUUAUUGGGUUGGUGUUAGCAACCACGAACCUGAUAGCUUCAUCCAUCUGCAGCUGGUGGAUGCUGAAAACAAGCUGCAAGAUUUCUUUUUAUUUAUUGAGAGCAAACACAGGUGA